CCUCGCCCAUACGCCUACUUCCGCGUUAAGAAUAAGGUGGAUAGCGAAGAAGAAAACCAGUACCAACACAAUAGGAUACAAGCCAGCUGUGCUGGAGCUCUACAGUUAUGAAGUGAACAGUGAACGCGAGUUAUCCCGUCCUCAGACAGAGUAGACAGGUCGCCUUGUUUUCUACAUUUUCGUUUCAUUUAUUAUUUCGCUGUUUUCCAAACGUGCUCUCCGUAUUUGCGUUAGGUGGGCGGAACUUCCGAUAGGUUGGUGUUUUGUGUGUAGCUGAUAGAAUUAACCUGGUGUACGCGGUUACUUUUUGCAUUCGAAUCGUUCUAAAAUGUCUCUGAGAAGUUCUGGGACGACGUGUGCAGUUAGUGGCUGCUACAACAAUCGAAGGAAACUAAACCUGUGGCUAAAUCAAGAGUGUUAUGAUCACAAACCGCUUACAAAAGCGGAGUGCCCCUGUCCACAAUGGUAUACCUUCUAUCGAAUGCCUAAUACAGAAGAGGACAAAAGGAUGUGGCUUCGGAACCUGUAUUUGAAAAAACCUCCGAAGAAUCUGUACGUGUGCAGCUUUCACUUUGUUGACAAGAGACCCACAGCAGAGAAUCCUUAUCCAACACUAUGGCUGGGCUACUACAGACCUCCAGAAAAGAAACGCCGCAAACUGCAAAGGAAAGAGAUCGGCACUGUGAUUAAAGUUGAAGUUAAAGAUGAAUAUGAAGAAGUAAGUAUUGAGGAUGUUACAUACCAUGAUGCUCAGAUUCAGGAUGGAUCCAACACUGGAAGACCGAAAUAAUGUGCUUUGAUGAGAUCCAGCAUCAAUACAACAAAGAGUUUGAUUUCAAACUGUGUUUGUGUCUAUUUCUGUGCCUCCAGUAGAGCUGUUGAAGUUUGUCAUUUUAAUGACACUCAUGAAACGGAAGCUAAAUUCAGUCGUAACUGAUCUGUCACAUCAUGUCGGGUUUUUUUUUUU